AUGUCUUCCUCGACAGCGUUUGACGGAAGCAGUAACGCUGUGACCAGCUCGAAUCCCAACUCACAAUGUACGGACGGAAGAGCGAAAGCAGACUACGCGGAUCCCUGGGAUGAUCUCAACGCACAGGUCUCUCAGGAGACCGGCACCGAUACAAGCGGAUGGCUCCUGGGCACUCCAACGAAACCGAGCGACACGGCCGGAGAGGAUAGUCAGAAAUCCGAAUCCUUCCUGGAUAGCGUCAGGUCGACCAAGCUAACUGUCGACGGCGUGUUUUAUCCAUUGAUCUCUGCCAUCGCGACUGGUUACAUGAUUUGGACCUUUGGCUUUCGUUCGGAACGCCCAGAAGACCUCUCAGGCGAAACAUGA